CAAAGUUGAACAGCUGGUCACACUGCCACAUUCGCAUCAGCUGCCAAAAAAAACUAAAAAACCGCAAGGAAAUCGUGCAAAAUGUUCAAAAAAUUCGAGGAGAAGGACAGCAUUUCCAGCAUCCAACAGCUGAAGUCGUCGGUGCAGAAGGGCAUACGUGCCAAGUUGUUGGAGGCAUAUCCGAAGCUGGAGACCCACAUCGAUCUGAUCCUGCCCAAAAAGGACUCGUACCGCAUUGCCAAAUGCCAUGACCACAUCGAACUGCUGCUAAAUGGAGCCGGCGAACAGGUGUUCUUCCGCCAUCGCGAUGGUCCUUGGAUGCCCACCCUGCGGCUCCUGCACAAGUUCCCCUACUUCGUUACCAUGCAGCAGGUGGACAAGGGCGCCAUCCGGUUCGUCCUGAGCGGAGCGAACGUCAUGUGUCCUGGCCUCACCUCUCCGGGCGCCUGCAUGACCCCGGCGGACAAGAGUACCGUGGUGGCCAUCAUGGCCGAGGGCAAGGAGCACGCCCUGGCCAUCGGACUGCUUACGCUAUCCACGGAAGAAAUUCUGGCGAAGAACAAGGGCAUCGGCAUCGAGACGUACCACUUCCUCAACGACGGCCUGUGGAAGUCGAAGCCCGUGAAGUAGGCGAAAUAGGAAUCUGCACAUGCACUUUUUAGUCUUCUAUGUCAUGAGAGCAAAGAAUGGUUUUUGAUAUAUGCAACUGAA